GUCAUCACGGGCGCCGGAAAAGUAAAGCCAAACUGUCACUGCAGCUACAGUCUCGUACUGGGCCGUGCACGAUAGAAAAAGCUGUUCUCGAGUUGUUUGCAAACGAGAAACUAGUAUCACAGAUAACUCAUCACCGAUCGGACAAGGAGAGAGAGAGAGCUGCCAUUUACUCUAACGCCUAGAUGGAUGUGAAAAACGAGGAAUGUGAGGCUGACAUGAAUAUCAUGGAGAAACGGACCACACAUGUUAAGGAGGAGGACUGUGAAUGGGAGUGUGUCCAACCUAAACAGGCAAGUCUGGGUAUUAAAGUUGUGGAAUGUGAACUGGGGUCAGUGGGCAUUAAAGAAGAGGCUGAAGAGAAGUCUGUCAGCAUUGAGGUUCACAAAUAUAAAAGGACUGAGAGUGUCAAAGAAGAUGAAAAAGAUGGAGCAGUGACAGAGUUAGUUUCUUCUCAAAGCAGACACUGUCCAUCACCACAGUCGUCUUUCGAUGUGGAGUCUGAAUCAUUACAGUCUGAAGCAAAGAGGACUGAAGAAGUUUCAUCUGUUAAAACUUGGGAAGAUCAGCCAUCAGCUUCAGGGAAGUCCAGAAAAGGUGAUAAACAUCAGUGCUGCUCUGAGUGUGGCAAACAAUUUACAUCCAGAGGAUAUCUUCGCAUACACAAAAGAAUUCACACAGGAGAGAAGCCUUAUUACUGUUCUCAAUGUGGCAAGCAGUUUUUGCAAAAGACGAAUCUUCAGAGCCACCAAAGAAUUCAUACAGGAGAAAAGCCUUAUUGCUGUUCUGCAUGUGGCAAGCGUUUUUUGCGAAAGAGCAGUCUUCAGAGCCACCAAAGAAUUCACACGGGAGAAAAGCCUUAUUGCUGUUUGGAAUGUGGCAAGCAGUUUUUGUUCAAGAACAGUUUUCAGAGCCACCAAAGAAUUCACACAGGAGUAAAGCCUUAUUGCUGUUGUGAAUGUGGCAAGCGUUUUUUGCGAAAGAGCAAUCUUCAGAGCCACCAAAGAAUUCACACGGUAGAAAAGCCUCAUUGCUGUUCUGAAUGUGGGAAGCAGUUUUUGCGAAAGAGCCAUCUUCAGAGCCACCAAAGAAUUCACACGGUAGAAAAGCCUUAUUGCUGUUCUGAAUGUGGCGUGCAGUUUUUGCGAAAGAGCUAUCUUCAGAGCCACCAAAGUAUUCACACAGGCGAAAAGCCUUAUUGCUGUUCUGAAUGUGGCAAACACUUUUUAAAAAGGAGUUUACUUCAUAGACACCAAAGAAUUCACACAGGAGUGAAACCUUAUUACUGUUCUGAAUGUGGCAAGCAUUUUUCACAAAAAAGGGAUCUUCAGAUCCACCAAGGAAUUCACACAGGAGAGAAGCCUUAUUGCUGUUCUGAAUGUGGCAAGCAGUUUUUGUACAAAAGCAGUCUUCAGAUCCACCAAAGAGUUCACACAGGAGAGAAGCCUUAUUGCUGUUCUGAAUGUGACAAGCGGUUUUCAGAAAAGAGCUAUCUUCAAAGACACCAAAGAAUUCACACAGGAGAGAAGCCUUAUCGUUGUUCUGAAUGCGGCAAGUGCUUUGCACGAGUGAGCAAUCUUUCGACUCACCGGAAAAUUCAUACUUGAGAGAAGCCAUAUUGCUUUUCUGGAUGUGGCAAGUGCUUAUCACAAAGGAGUCCACUUCAGAGCCACAAAUGAAUGAACAAGUGGCCUCACCACAGUGGAACAGAUCAGACCCCACAUUCAUAUCGUGAGUAAGAAAAUAUGAGGACUUGACACUCCAGUGUUCAAGUGAAGAUAAAGAGGAGACCAUGUACUGCUAGUUUUACACAACUGGCCAUGAGUUCUCAGCUGAAAUGUUUCCUGGGACAGCUUGUGCAAAACUGCAGGGCAGAAAGUCCUUUGCCAGAUUAAAUGGCAACCUCUAAUGGCAGAACAUUAGAAACCACUUGUCGAACUUUUUCUUACAUACUUCCAGGUGAAAGUCCAUGCUUUACUUUUCCAUUCCUUUGUUUGCAUACUGCACUUUGUGAGAUCAGAUUGUCCUUUUCCCAUAUCACCUGAGCCAUUAAUGCUGUGCAUUCUUACAGAAAGUAAGUUUAUUCUAGAUAAUUUGAUUUAAAGUGGUUCCCAUGUUUGUUAAACUUAGACGCACAGAAUAGUUAAAAUGUGAACUUGUUUGUAACGUUGUGACUUAGCGUAUGUAUUUAACUUUGCUUACAGACCACAGAAACGGGAAUUAAAGUCCUUUCUGAGUUCAAAGUG